AUGAAAGAAGAAGAAGAAAUGCAACAAUUGCAACUGCAACAACUCCAGCAACAACAUCAGUAUCAGCUUCAACAAGUACAACUGCAACAACUGCAACAACUGCAACAUCAGCAAGUGCAACUUCAGCAACAACAACAGCAAUCUUUACAGUAUUCACAAGGGAUAAGCACACCGUCGAGUGUGUUAGGUCAAAAUGCAACGGCAAAUAACAUCGUGUCAGUGGCAGCAACCAAUGCUGCCAAUGCAGCAGCUACAGUAGGAAGUGCCACAGCUGCUGGAGGGUACGCUUUUCCUCGCAAUUUGCCUGAAUUCGCAUGUGAAAAUGUUGGAGAACGUGUCAAGGGAAAACGACGAAAAUAUUGUCCACAUGAAGUAACGGCAUUAGUAUUGGGAGUCCAACGAUAUGCAGACGAUAGUUGUCCAUGGAGUUCUAUUCUCCGAGAUCCUCAUCUUGGUCAUUUAUUUCAUGGUCGUAGUGGAGUGGAUUUGAAGGACAAAUGGAGGACAUUGAUAAAGACUCGACCGGAACUUGCUGCAUAUACGGAAAAUCGGAAAAAUCAUCGCAAGUAUCGACCUUUUUCUGCUACAGAAGAGCGGGCGUUAUUGGAAGGGGUCAAGAAGUAUAACGGACAGAGAAAUGUGUGGUCACUUAUUCUUAUAGAUAAAGAACUCGGGCCACAGUUUAAUGACAGGUCCAAUGUACAGCUUAAGGAUAAAUUUCGGACCAUGAGACGGGCAGGCACGACGUCAUCAUUAUUAGUCAGUGGUGGUGCUGGUAGUGCAAUAAAUCGGAGGACGUCGACGGUGCCUACACCGACAUUGGACAAUGGAUCGAUCGUUGGAGCAUCUCCUACGGUGACUGAAGCAACUUCGGGGUCACUUGCACCAAAUUUGACUGCAGGGUUGACAGCAGCAGUAUCAGCAGCAGGUAAUGGAACCAGCAGAGGUUUAACAACCGUGACUUCGGCAAGUCAACAGGCAGCUGCUCUAUUAGUUCAGAACAGCAAUGCUGCGUCGGCCAUGUUUAGUGACCCGAACUUGUACUUGGCUGGGUCGUUCUCAAUGCCGCCGCAUAUGUCUCAAGGCAUAAACAUGCAGCAAAUGACAACAACGCAGUCGAGACAACAGACAGCUCAAGCACAGGCUCAAGCUCAGGCUCACGCCCACGCACAUGCUCAGGCUCAAGCAAUUGCGAACGCACAGGCACGUGCUGCUCAGGCGCAGCUUGAAGCGCAGAUGCGGCAAAUUCGAGCGCAUGGAGGACAGCAACAAGUGAAUAUUAAGCAACAAUACCAGGCAUUAAAUGCACAAAACAACGCGUUUAACGCCGGUAUGCCUGGCUACCAGCUUGCAGGCAACCAGAUUGUUCCACAGCAAGCAAUAUAUUACCAGAACGCGCAGUCUCAGCAGCAAGCUCAUCUCCAGCAGCAACAGCUUCAGCAGCACCUCCAGCAGCGACAGCUUCAGCAGCAACAACAGCAGCAACAACAUCAGCAACAACAUCAGCAACAACAUCAGCAACAACAACAACAGCAACAACAGCAGCAGCAACAACAGCAGCAACAACAACAGCAGCAACAACAACAGCAACAACAACAACAGCAGCAACAACAACAGCAACAACAACAACAGCAACAGAUAGCUACCGCGAUCGCUGCAGCUUCCAACAGCUCGCUCCAGCAACAGCAGCAGACGUUGCAGCCGGCAAAUGCUGACCAGACGAGUGCAACAUCACAAGGUGCGUCCGGUCGUCGUGGCUGUGAUGCAAAUGCACAUUCUGACAAACUAAAUGACGCAACAGUAUAA